GAACCAGUCUAGAUAAACAACUUAAAGCGUCGAUAUAUGUAAUUUUAUUUGCGGUACCUGUUAGUUUGCAAAAGAAGUUAUUCGAGUAGUUUACUAAACAUUGAAUUUUGUACAAAGUAUUGCCAAGUGAUCAUGUGUGUUAUUCACCGUUAUGUUCUUAAAAUGGAAUCACGUAAUAUUCUCUACAUAGUAGGAGGUGUGAUUAUCACUGUUUUGGUCAUUAUUUUGAUAGCAACUGUUUGUUUGAUAGGCAAGAGAGGCAGAACGAGUCCAACGGAAACAAAUUCGACAGUCGUUGAGCCGACCAACGAAAUUCCGAUAAAUUUUUCAAACGCUCUCGUUGUGCAAUUAAAUUAUUCGGACCUCUGGGCAUUGGACAUCAUCAACGGAGAUUCUGUUUUUGUGACGCGCGACUGGAGUGAGAGCUUUUCCUCUUUCGACUUUUACAAGAAGAAAACCGUGUACUUCGCGAGUUCAGUUUUGGGAAAGCCUAUACGUUCUUUGUCGAAUGCUUAUCCUCAUCUAAAUCAGCCUGGGGUAUGGAACGCCGAAAAAAUAGCGGUUGACGAUUUGAAUGGAAACGUGUACACCAUCGACGGAUGGGCUUCGAAAAUAAACAUUUUUGACGUAUUCGGAGAGCAUUACAGCAUCGUGGUAUCUGAUCUGAAUGAUCCGAAAGAUAUCGCUCUUGACUCUGCCGUGGGAGUCAUGUUUAUCUUGCAGUUAUCAUCGAUCUUGAAGGCCAAUAUGGAUGGGACAUCUCCGGAAACGUUGAUUACCAGAACGGGUAUUUCAGCCUUCGCCAUAGAACGCGACAGACGGGAGAUUUAUUGGUCCAAUGUCGCUAGCAUCGAGAGCACAGAUUACGCAGGAAACAAUAGUAAAAUCGUUACCAAGCUCACCAAUAUCGUAUCUAGUUUGGCAGUCCUGGACGAUAAGCUAUUCUGGUUGUAUCCACCUUACGGCUUCGAAGAUUCGAUCCUGUGGUCCUGCACACUCGUGAGUAACGUUUGCUCAGGUGCUUCGAAAAGAAUAUCCAUAGACAAUGCUGUGGGAAUCAAAGCUUACAAGUUCGAUCGCAAGCUCGAGAUCGCUAACCCGUGCAAACGAGAGGCCGAAGGUUGUCAACACAUGUGCAUCUUGUCCUCCGAACGCGGACGUAGCUGUGCUUGUACAAUAGGCUGGCAAUUAAAAAGCGAUUGCACAAACUGCCAACCAGUCGACGACUUUCUACUUUACGUGCAAGGAAAUUUUGUCAAAGGUAGAAUUUUGAACUUGGAGCAGAAUAUUUUCAUCGAGGCCAUGCUACCCAUCAAACUUCUCAUAGAGUCUUUGGUUCAGAAAAGAGCGAUAGAUUUUGAUUACGAUGCGCGAAAUCACACUUUGAUUUUCAGCGACGAUUGGGAUCUGAACAAGAUUGAUUUAAAAGCCGGUGGAGAGCAGAUUCGAUUGGGAGCCGAUGUCGGUUACGAUAUGCUGCCAGCGAUCGAUUGGGUGACCAAGAACUUGUAUUACAUCAGGGCUACUCGGUGGGAAGGUGUGAGUUGUAUUGCAGUUCGAAGUAUGAACACUUAUAGCACGAUAGAGGAAGAAAAAUUACUGUAUCAGACAAAAGAAUAUCAAUAUCCUAAGUCGUUGGUUGUUCAUCCGAAUCGAGGCUGUAUCUUUUUUACCAUCUAUAACUCUCAGACUAAACAAGCCCGAAUCUUGAGAAUGAACUCCAACGGAUCAGGAUUGGAACGCUUUGGAAAAAAUUUGACGAUCAGCGUUAACGAGGCAGGGCUCGCUAUAGAUUACUCCGAAGACAGACUGUAUUGGUUUAGUGCAGAUAAGAAAAAGGUUUGUCGUGCGAAUUUAGAUGAAUCCGAUUUAAGUGUCAUCGACGUGUCCAUUGUAAAAAAUCCGAGAUCGAUCAGCGUGUACAAAGAGUGGAUGUAUAUUACGAAUUUGACGAGUGUCUGGCGUCUCGACAAAAACACUGGCAAUAACCCGAUAAAGAUAGUGCCGAAAUUCGAGAAUGAUUCCAAAGUGAUAAAUGGGGCGAAAAUUUUUAGCCAAAAUUUGCAAUACAUCAGCGAAGACCAUCCUUGUGCUAUUGGCAAUGGAGGGUGUGAACGGUUUUGCUUCGCGAUACCUGGGAAGAACGACCUGUCUGUGUCGAAGCGAAAAUUGCAAAAAGUUUGCGGUUGUAAAGAUGCUGAAAUUCUCCAAAGUGACGGCAAAAGCUGUUUCGUCAGUCCGUCUCAAAACGAUCCAUGACAAACAAUAAAUUAUAGCCAUUAUAAAAACUGUUUAAUAGUAUUAUUAUAUGUAUUGAUUUUAAGCAAUAGGUAUUAGAACAUAACAAAUAAAUUCGUAUUUAACACUUCAAAAAUUUUGUUAUUGUACUUUAAGUUUGUACGAUAAAUUUUAUAAAACGCAAAAUAUUAGAAGAAAGAGUAUAAGUGGGGGUGUAAGUUUGUAAUAGAAUAAUACAAACGGUUUUAGAUUUGCUCAUAAAUUAUGCUAUUAUGAAAGUCAGAUUUAUUUUUACACAACAUAAGAUGCACAUCAUUGCAAUCACUAUGAGAUUUUUCUCAUAUCAUUCGCACACUAUUGGGUAAAUAAUACAUCAUUAGAAGUCACGAGUAUGAUGACAACAUCACAUAUUAGGCUUUCAGGCAGAAUUCAGUAUUUUCCGUACGGCAUCAAGUCUCAAUGGACGGUUUAGUAGGGGUCUCCAUGACCAUUUCCAUGGCCGAAACCACCGUGUCCACCGUGUCCACCAUGUCCCUGUUCGUGGCCUCCGAAACCUCCCUGUCCACCAUGUCCCUGUCCGUGACCUCCGAAACCUCCCUGGCCACCAUGUCCCUGUCCUUGACCUCCGAAGCCUCCCUGGCUUCCGUGACCACCACCGAAACCUCCCUGGCUUCCGUGACCACCUCCGAAACC